AUGAGUACUGAUAAUCCAGCCACUCGCAAAGUGGCUGUAUGCAUUGAUACCCAACAUAUCAAAGUUGAAGAGCGCCCCCUGCCAAUACCAAAUGACUCGGAGGUUGUGGUAUUAAUUGAAGCGAGCGGUAUCUGCGCGACAGACUUACAUCUCGUGCGACGGAGUAUUCCUUACCUUCAACGGGAAGUCGACGUCUGUGGUCAUGAGGGUGUUGGACGUAUUGUUGCUCUCGGGCCGGAUGUAGACACUUCAGAGUGGCGCUUGGGAGACCGAGUCGCUCAUCGGUGGAUCUUCGAUGUCUGCCGGAAUUGCGAGAUGUGCCAGGAAGGGAACGAGCAGCUAUGCGACUCGAGAAAGCUUAGUGGAAAGGAUGUUGAGGGAUGCUGGGGAGAAUACACGAUUGUCAAUUCGAAAUAUCUGAUGCGCAUCUCUGAAGAUAUCUCUGCAACUGAAGCCGCGCCGACCUUGUGUGCUGGUAUGAGUGGAAGACCCCAUGCGAGCGUGUUGAUGCUAAAUAAUAGCGUAAUUCCAGGCACAACGGCAUAUAGAGCUAUUCGUACUACCGGGCUCACUUCUGGGCAGUGGAUAGCAAUCAUUGGAGCUGGAGGCGGACUGGGCCACUUGGCAAUACAAUACGCCAAAGCGAGCGGGCUGCGGGUUCUUGGAAUUGACACAGGCCCAAGUAAACGGGAGUUGUCUUGCAAAUUGGGUGUCACUUCAUACAUUGAUUUCAUGGAUACACCAGAUCUCACAGCAGAUGUCAUCCGUGUUACUGAUGGAGGUCCUCAUGGAGUAAUUGUGGUUAGCUCUAGUAGUAUGGCUUACGAACAGGCCCUGCAAUACGUCCGGAAAAUGGGAAUCAUAGUCUGCAUUGGGAUCACACCAAACAAGAUGCACUUCCCUAUCGGUCCUGAAUAUUUUGUGGCUCGUGGUGUACGCCUUACUGGCAGUAGCACAGGAACGAUGGAGGAUACGCGCGAGGCACUGCAGUAUGUACGCGAUGGUCGAGUCAAACCUAUGAUUGUUGAGGUGCGAUUGGAGGACAUCGGGGCGUGUCUGCAGGCACUCGAGAAAGGAGAGGGCGACGGUCGAUUUGUGGUCAAAUUUUGA